UGAUAAUAUUAAUAGUGUCACCGGCAAACCCGGCUGAGUCGUGAAACGUAUUAAAAUUAUCAUUUUUAUCAUAAACAAAUAGUGGAAUGCCGAUCUGACAGUUGUUUUGAGUAUUCGAAGAUUUGAUCUAAUAGAUUGAAGUUUGAUCUAACAGUUCAGCAUGAAGCCCUCACUGACAAUGGUCCUGUCAGGACUGUUUCUGUCAUACAUGGCUUAUUCCAUGUACACUAUUGCACUCAUAUUCUUCCCUACACACUGCACAGAGAAAGGAAAACAGCAGAAGUGUAUCCAACCUUAUAUAGCAAAACAUAAAGACUUACAGAUGUCUGUUUAUACCUCACUGAAGACGUCAGAAAUCUCCUCCAAUGAUCUUACAUUGGUUUGGAACUACAAUAAUUUUACCAUCCAUGAAACAGUAGAAAAGGAGUUCAAUAUUACUAUACCCGCAAAAACGAGAAGAAACGGAACGUUACAUUUGCAUGUGUUUGUGUAUCCACGACGACAGGACCCGUUCACAAGCCAGUACUCCUCGCAUGAUCAGUCAGCUAUCACAACAUACAUGGUUCCACAAUCGAAUGUUUUUAACUUACUCAGUGAUAAUGGAAUAGAGGAAAAGAAGACAAAACCUGCAUCUGGGCAACCAGUGACCCACUGGAGGUCGAAGGUCACAGUGAAUGUGAUGGAAGAUGAGAUAGCAUUUGAUCGUCAAGGUGUUCCGGGUGAAAUCAUGAGACAUCUCAGGGUUUCACCAAAAGGAGAUUACCUUCCUAUUGUUUACAUUGAUCAGCUUGGAUUUAGAACAAAAGAUUUAGUUGAAGUAAACAAGAGUGUUGAUGCAUUACCACUGACCAUCACAUACAGUCCUAUUUCUGUUGGCAAACUGCGUAUGUGGAGCAAUAUGUUACAGUCCAUCAAAAUGCUUCACAACUUAGGUUUUACAGAAAAAGAUACAGACGAAAUAAAGGGGAUUUUUUCUGACACAAACUUUGUAUUUUUGAUGCUGACGUUUGCUGUUGCCGCAUUUCAUUUGCUGUUUGACUUUCUAGCGUUUAAGAAUGAUAUAAGUUAUUGGAAGAACCGGGACACAAUGGUUGGUUUAUCAACACGAGCUGUGGUUUGGAGAUGUGUCUCACAGGCUGUUAUCUUUUUUUACCUAAUGGACGAAGAUACAAGUUUAUUAGUGUUGAUACCUGCAGGAAUAAGCACAAUUAUUGAGAUGUGGAAAGUAAAGAAGGCAUUUAAAGUAGCUUUGUCUUGGAAAGGGAUUAUACCAAGCUUGAGUUUGGGAUCAAGCAGUGAUAAAGAACUGGAGACAGCAGAAUUUGAUUCUCAGGUUGAUUUACAAGUUGAUUCUCAGUUAAUUCUCAGGUAUGUACACUCAGUUGGUUUUCAUGCAGGUGUUUAUGCUUUCGGAUUUCUGUUUAUGUUACCACAGUUAUUUGUCAAUUACAAGCUGAAAUCAGUUGCUCAUCUACCUUGGAGAGCCUUUAUGUAUAAGGCGUUCAAUACGUUCAUAGAUGAUAUAUUUGCAUUCAUCAUCACCAUGCCGACAGCUCACAGGCUUGCCUGCUUUAGGGAUGACCUUGUGUUUGUUGUUUACCUCUACCAAAGAUGGCUUUAUCCAGUUGACAAAGCCCGUGUGAAUGAAUAUGGCCAAUCAUUUGAUGAUGCAGUUACAGAAAAACCAAAGAAAGAAUAACAGAAAUAUCUUAUUUAUUAUAUAUUAUUAUAUUAGAAGAAUACAAGUUGAUAUUUUUAUCCAAAGUCAUCUACAAUACAAUCUCUGUAGAUGACCAACAUUGAAAAUACUGAGAUUUUUAAGGUUAGUUAAUGAAGUCAGCGAUUUUUUUUCUUUCUUUAUUAAGUACGGGUAAAAGGACCUUUUCCCAAUUUAAAAAAUGACAAUUUUUCCUAAUUUUCAAGCAGAAAAAAUUCCCAAAAGGCAAAAAGCUGGUCAAAUUGUCUAGUGGUUUGGUAUUGUAUUGACUUGUACAUGCAAAAGAAAUUUUAUCUUUGCAGUUAUUAAUGAUCCCUUGCUUGCAAUUUUAUGAUAAGUACAGGCCAGUGCUGCGUCAUUCUUCCCAAUUCAGUCGGUACCGGAACUUUUCCCAAAGUGACAACAACAAAAAUCACUGCCAGAAGAAACCUUGUCAGUAACAAUCCGAUUUAUAUGGAACUGUUUUAUAAGGACUAGGGAACUAUUUUAUAAGGAACUAUUUUCAUUUACUAUAUUUCAUCCAGCAGAGGUUUCACUCUGUCAGGUCAAACUGUUAAUGGUGUAGUUGAGGGAAGUAAAUGUGUUUAAUUUCUUAAAUAUCAACGUCCUAGAAAUAUAAGGUCACAGUUGUUACUUAUAGGCUUUUAUUACACAUACAUUGUUAGAAACAACAUUAAAAGGGCUGUAAAUUGAACAUGAAAUCAUUAUUCUGUGACCCAGUUUUUUAAACCCAAAGUAUCUGAAAUCAUUAGUCCUCCACCUCUGAUAAUUCAUGUGGGGAAGUUGGCAGUUACUUGCGGGGAACAGGUUUGUACUGGUACAGAAUCCAGGAACACAGGUUAAGUACACUGCCCGCCGUUACAUGACUGAAAUACUGUUGAAAAACGGCGUUAAACCCAAAACAAACAAACAAAUAAACCCAAAGUGACAUUUUGUAAAUGAUGUAAGGUCUUAUCUGUUACUAACAACCCAAUUUUGUCAGUUUUAGAAAUAUCUAUGGAAGAAAAAGAUUCUGUCAACCUUUUCAUAUAGCAUAUAAAGUGAUUUUAGAUACCGUUAUAUAGUAGAUAGGAUGUAAGUAGCAGAUAUAACCUUUCAUUAUAGAGGAUUAUAAAAAUGGGGCAUAUACAAUUUCUUAACCCUUAGCCUGCUGGUGGCAGAUGAUUCUGCCUUUGCGACCAGUGCAGACCAAGAUCAGCCUGCACAUCAUAGUCUGCACUGUUCGCUUUUCAGUCAGUAAAUUUUCAGUGAAAACCCCUUUGAAUAGUAAGUGGUACUGUCCAAAUUGAAAGAUGGACCAGUCCAUUAUAGAAAUAUAGCAGGGUAAGGGUUAAAUAACCUCAGCAAUGAUGUUGCAGUACGGGUACAAACAUGAGAAAUAUGUAAUAUACAGUUUGUUUCAAGUUAGUCUAAGAGAAAUCUUUCUCUUGAUUUUUUGUUUUCUACCUUCACUGGUAUUAACCCUAAAGUUUCAAGUGUUUAUCCGAAAUGAUGUCAUGGAAAUAUAUGAGAUUAAUCACAGAUUAUCUUGUAAGACCAGAGCACAUCAGCAAAUGCUGGAUAAGGACACUGCCAGGAAGUUAAAUAAAUUCCAAGCCAGCUGCCACCAGUGAAAUAGUGUAUGCCUCAAAAUUAAAUGAAUUGGCCCAUUAUGUAGUGUUAAAUACUAUUUUCGUACAUCACUUUUGUGUUAAAAAAAAAAUCAUGUUACAUUGGUUCCUUAGUGAUUGGGAACAUCUUCAGUUGAUAAAUACAAUGUAUUUCAUGUACUCAACAAAUUUGAUAUACAUUUUUAUGCCCCCCUUCGAAGAAGGAGGGGUAUAUUGUUUUGCAGAUGUCGGUUGGUCGGUCGGUCGGAAUGUAGACCAAUCCGUUUCCGGAUGAUAACUCAAAAAUGCUUGGGCCUAAUAUCAUGAAAGUUGAUAGGGAGGUUGAUCAUCACCAGCAGAUGACCCCUAAUGAAUUUGAGAUCAGUAUGUCAAAGGUCAAAGUCACAGUGACCCUGAACAGUUAAACGGUUUCCGGAUGAUAACUCAAGAACGCUUGGGCCUAGGAUCAUCAAAGAUGAUAGGGAAAUUGGUCAUGACCAGCAGAUGACCCCUAUUGAUUUUGAGAUCAGUAGGUCAAAGGUCAAGGUCACAUUGACCAGGAACAGCAAAACGGUUUCCGGACGAUAAUUCAAGAACGCUUGGGCCUAGGAUCAUGAAACUUGAUAGGGAUGUUUGUCAUGACCAGUAGGUGACCCCUAUAGAUUUUGAGGUCAGUAGGCCAAAGGUCAAGGUCACAUUGACCCGAAACAGUUAAAUGCUUUCCGGACAGUAACUUGAGAACGCUUGGGCCUAGGAUCACAAAACUUAAUAGGGAGGUUGAUGAUGACCAGCAGAUGACCCCUGUAGAAUUUUAGGUCAAUAGGUCAAAGGUCAAGGUCACAGUGAACCAGAACAGUAGAACUUUUGUUUACAGUGAACAAAUAAUUUCUGUUUCUUGUGCAAUUACUGAAUGUAUCAAGGGGGACAUUUCGUGUUUAGGAUAUAUUUGAAAUAAAAUCACAACAGAGGAGUUAUUCUUACAGAAAGAGAUACCAAAUUCUUUACAUUAUUUGGUGCAUCAGCUUUAUCUAUAGGUGUUUUAUUCUUUGUUUUUGUUAUUUUCACUAUUUUGUUUAGGCAUAGCCAGCAUCAAGAUUUUGAUUGCUUUAAAUUGUUUUCGAUAUUUAUUGACUUGAAAAUCAUACAAAUAUCAAUCAUUGGAUUUGUUUGUUAAUUACCUCCCUUUCAUAUAAGACAUUUCAUUAUAUAGUAGUUGCAGCUUGACCACGAUGGUUGACCUUAGGCUGAUUAUUCAUAUCGAUUAUUUCAUUGUAAAAAUAAUGUGUGCUUAAGGUAGCUGUGUAUAUUUAUAUGGAAUUAGUUUGUAAACAGUGCAGUAUCAAAGUAUAUAUACUUACAUUUGAUCAGUUAAAACUUUCCAAUACAUUAAUUUAUAUUUACAUGUCAAAGAAGUUUUGUUGAAAAUAACACGAGUGGCACGAGAAAAUGGAAAUAUAAAUUUGUGAAUUCAAGCCUUUACACCACUGCAGUAAAUCUACAUAACGAUAAAUCUACGUCAACUUUAAAUUUAUGAAUGCAGAGAGAUGAAGUGUUUUACGUACACUCCUUUUCAAUAAUAGGUUGUGCCUAAUUAUGUAUUAUAAUGCAAAGGUCAACUAUCGGGGUCAAGUUGCUUCCACUAUAAUAUUUCUUUUUAUUUAUAUUUUCUAACCAAUUAAAAUAAAAUAAAAUAAAAUCACAUUAAAUCGUUGAAAUACAAAUACCAACAUUUGAAAGCAUUCACUAAUAAUAGAUUUUCAGACAUUUUCAAACUACGUAACAUCUUAAUGAAUAAUAUGAUAGUUAUAAAGGUAUGAUUUAUUUACUGUUUUCUGUGUUGCAUGUUGGCAUGCAAUAUGUUUUGUGAAAAAUGUUCAGAGGCGGGGUUUGUUGUUAACAAAUUCUUGUCUAAGUAGUGUUGAUAAAGGUUUUUUCAUUAUUCAGUCAUCUUUUCUGAAUAAAUCCUAUUAUGAAAGUAAGUCCUGUCAAUUGAAUUAUCAUGACAUUGCCAAUGAGAUAAUUAUGCAAUUGCCAGAGUCAGAUUAUGAUGAUAUUGCAGAUCAAAUUAAUAUUGAGCCGUGCCAUGAGAAAACCAACAUAGUGGGUUUGCGACCAACAUGGAUCCAGACCAGCCUGCAAAUCCACGCAGUCUGGUCAGGAUCCAUGCUGUUCGCUUUUAAAGCCUGCUGCAAUUAGAGAAACCGUUAGCAAACAGCAUGGAUCCUGACCAGACUGCGCAGAUGCACAGGCUGGUCUGGAUCCAUGCUGGUCGCAAAGCCACUAUGUUGGUUUUCCCAUGGCACGGCUCAUAUUUUAAUUGCAAAGCAAAUUAUUAUGAUAUUACAAGUUUGAUUAUUAUAAAAUUGCAAAUCAGUUUUAUGAAAUUCAUUGAAACAUUCAUCUAGAUUUCAGUUUAUUUAUUGAUAAGCAGAUUGAAAGCUGAAAAACAAGGAUAAAUAUCCCAACAGGGAAAGCCAUGUUCCAAAUAUGCAGCCUCUCCAAAAAACAAACCAGCAUGCGGUUGUGCACAAGACCAUUUCACACAAAGCUAACACACUAGGCAAAUCAAACAAAUGAAGGAACAGAGUGGUGCACCACCUUGGAACGGUCAGUGGCAAAGCGACCUCACUCUUACCCUCACCAUGUUCCAAAGUCACAGGACAAUGUAAAUAAAAGUUAUCCCGCCAAGUGAAACCCAAACAUACGCAAUGGCAAUAAAAGGCAUGUUAUGUAAAACACAAAAUGCUCUUGCAUAUUUACAUAAAAAGCAAUCCUUAAGAACCUAAAACGCAUGUACUCAAUGCCUUUGCGGAAGACGGGGCAACAAGGGAAACACCGUUAAUGGCCUGACGAAACAGGGGAGAAGACGGAAAUCAAAGCAGCUCAGUCCUGGUCGGAUUUAAGAACUACCUACGAUAGCGUCACCCACCUGUUCCAUCAGUUACAGUCAAAGAAGAAAGCAUAGCGUCCAACUGUAAAAUGGCUGAAUAACAAUCAUGUGGUGUGUCUCAAAACAGUUGGGUCAUAACUUCUUUUAACAAAACGUUUUAUAACUUUACAUAAUACAGUCGGAAAAUUUCCAUGACCCAAAAGAGUCUUACAAUUUAAUUUUGAAACAAUGUUUCCAUCUUUAUCAGUUUUAUUUAGCAUUUGACUGUUCAGCCUGUUAAGACUGCAUGCAAUAUUGGCAUUUAGAAAAAAUGACAGUAUUUAGUAUACUAUAUAUGCUGUAAGUGAAUAUAUCAUCUAGGAUAGUUCAAUAGUUUAAGUGUUAAAUAAUCUAGGGAUCUUUGAAAUCCCACAUAAGUAUUUCAGAUGGAGCGCAGACAAAACUACCUGCUUCCCCUGGAUAAAAUCCCCUUGGGUGUACAAAAUCCCCUUUUCGAUAUUUGUCAAUUAUAGCCAGAUAUUUACUGUAUUCUAUAUAAAAUUGAUGAUUAUUUUUGUUGUUUCUAAUUAAAGUUUUAAUUUAACAAUGUCAAAGGGGUGAUUCUGGUUAGAUUGAGCAGGAGGGGUUUUGUCUAGGAGUUGUGUUGGUUGGGGUUUUGUCCCUCACUAGUUCCAAAUUUAUUUUUGAACCAAAAAUCAGCUUAUAUUGUUUUACAUAUUUUAUUUGUUUUGUAUUGUUAAGGAAGAUUAUAAUAUUGCUUAAUUUGUGUCUUUGUUCUUAUACUUGUUGCUUUGUUUUAUAAAAGAACAACAAUUGUUUUUGUUGCAUGAAUAUACAUUUUGAAAAAAAAAAUCUUACAUGGAAAGCAGAGCCCAGCAGUUAAUGUUGGUGACCUUGAAUGCUUUUCCCACCUUUUUAAGGGAGAAAGGAGGGCAAGUUUAGUUUGUUAAAAUUAUGUCUAGUCAUUCAUUGUAAAACUACGACUUUUCAUCCAGAUAUCAAAAUUGUUUGUUAUGACUGUUUUGUUGAAUGUUCCUCGAACUGAUUCUGUUUUGCUUAAAAUUUUAAUGUGUCUUUUUUUUCCAAUACAAUAUGUGUCUGAAACAGGCUUUCAUAAAGUUGUAUACAGUAAACCUCACUUAUAAGGAUCGGAUAUAAGGAACACUCGGUUAUAAGGAACAGUUUUCAAUUCCCCGAUCUAAUUCCUUCUUUAUUCAAUGUAAAAAUCCUUGGUUAUAGGGAACUCGGUUAUAAGGAACAUUCGGUUAUAAGGAACACUUUUUCCAGUCCAAAGUAUGAAAUUCAAUGGAAAACACCUCGGUUAUAGCGAACAGACAUAAAGAAUAAAAUAAUUGAAAACCGGGAAAUAAACAGCAGAAUCGCUGAUGACGUCAGAGUAACGCCAGCACUUUCACGCGCUUUCAUGGACAUGAAUAAACACAAAUAAUUUCAUCUCUAUGAUAUUCAUGGAUACGAUUAAAAGAAAAUAUAUAAUAGCUUCAUUAACAUUUACCAAAUACUAGAAGAUAGUAGACUUAUAUUUACUCAAAAUUAUGUACUAGAACUACAUGUAUUAGGGUAUUUCAUGUUAAUAAUAGUGAACGAAAAUCAGUCACGGUCACGGUCAUACUGUCCUAAACAAAUGUGCUAAUUACGCGUGAUUAACAAUGGCAAACAGUCUAGUUUACCAAAUUUCCAAUUGUAAAAAAUAAGGCAGGUGCUAAAAUGGACAGUAGGAAACUAUAGGUAUAAUUUACACUUUAAUCCGUACGUCUGGCGCCGUUGUCUAGUCGCAAUACACUGUAUGUCAAAACACCCUAGAUUUAAUCUUAAUGGGUAGUCUAAUUUAACAUUUUUGUAAUAAAAAUUUGAACAUUUAUUUUAUAUUCGUAUUGAUGCCUAUUCACAUAACUUACAGUAUCUUAGCCACAUUCAUGUAGACCUUACCAUCUCUCCAGGAAAGGACCUGUACUAGACUCGCAACUUUCUCACGUAAAGAUUCAUGGUCGGUCCGAAGUGUGAGAGUAAGCCCUUUUCAAACGUUAGUCAAAUAGUGUUUGCUAUACAAAUUGUGUUCGUUAUACAAACCUCGGUUACAAGGAACUAGUUCGCUAUACGGAUAUAAGGAACCUCGGUUAUAAGGAACAAUUUUUAGAGGUCCCAAGCUGUUCCUUAUAAGCGAGGUUUACUGUAAUUAAAUAUAAAUUGAUAUUUGUUUGUAUUUGUUACAUAAUAUGUACACUUGUACUGGUGCUUAUCUAUACCUCUUGUUAACACAGGAUGAUCCAUGUUUUCUGAUGACAUUUAGUAGAUCCUAUGUAUUUGUUGUCGACAUUUUUACAUAUAACGUGUAAUCUGACAGGGUUAUUAUGCACACUUGGAAGUUUUAUUUGAUAAGAAGCAUGUUUAUUUAUAUUUACUCAUUUUCAUUAUUAAAGAUACUCAACAUUUUUGUAAUGUAUGAUUUUAAAGAAUAAUCCCAAAGUCACUUCCUUUUCUACUGUGACAUGACUUCCUUUUCCACUGAUGAUGUCACUUCCUUUUCCACUGAUAAUGUCACUUCCUUUUCCACUGAUGAUGUCACUUCCUUUUCCACUGAUAAUGUCACUUCCUUUUCCACUGAUAAUGUCACAUCCUUUUCCACUGAUGAUGUCACUUCCUUUUCCACAGAUGAUGUCUUAUCCUUUUCCACUGAUGACAUCACAUUCUUUUCCACUGAUGACGAUCAUCUCCUUUGGAUAUUUCUAGUUACAGAUACAGAUUCAUUUAAAGUUGUAAUUUCACUAAGACUGAAGUCUGCAGGGGACACCAGUCCAGUUGGUAAAUUUUUAAAUCGGUAAUAUAGGUGUCUUUUGGACCAGACUUUUCCAAUUUGAAAAUAGUAAUAUUUCAAACAUAGGACUGUGUGUACAAUAAGCUUGUUGAUUACAUGCAGAAGUGUUUGAAGACAACAAUAGACCUAAGAAAAUGUUAUCAGAUACUAUGGAUCACACUGUAUAUACAACUGUAGAUACUCGCUUACACGUAAUUUGCUCUCGUAAACAAAUGCCUUCCAUCUGUAAUUACAAUAAUUAUAUUAUUAUAUAUGUAAUAUUAGACAAUUUUCAUUAAAGUUCAAAUAUGAUAGACAACAUUUAAACACUAUUUCUACACAAGUUUGAUAUUUUGAGGUUAUUCAUAUACGCAAGAAAUAUAGAUAUUAAUAGGUGUGCAAUAUCAGACAUAUACACUAAAUAAUUACAUCUUGAUGCACGAACAUAUACAUGUUUUUAAUUUUAGCUGGACUAUUCCAAGAAUAGAUAGAGUUAUUGCACUCACCUCUCCAUCUGUAUCUGACUCGUGUUUUGUUUAAGUUUUUGUGUAUAAUCUGGUUUCUCAGUAACUACUAAUGGAAUUGUACACACUUGAUGCUGCGAUUAUCUGACAUGCAAUGCACAAGUUCCAUAUUUUGCAUGUUUUAAGUUAUGCCCCGUUUUCAGCUUUUUGGUGGUCUUUAAAUGUAAGAUCAUAUCUCAGUAACCAAUUCAAACUGUGUCCAUAACUAUAUUUGCUUUUUCACAUGGUCAUGUCGCUUUAAAUUUCAACGUAACAGUAUUUGUGGUGUAAUUUGGUAUGAAAUGAGCUGUGCCAUGAGAAAACCAUCAUAGUGCAUUUGCGACCAGCAUGGAUCCAGCCCAGCCUGAUCAUCAGCGCAGUCUGGUCAGAAUCCAUGCUGUUCGCUUUCAAAGCCUUUUGCAUUUAGAGAAACCAUUAGUGAACAGCAUGGAUCCUGACCAGACUGCGCGGAUGUGCAAGCUGGUCUGGAUCCAUGCUGGUCGCAAAGCCAAUAUGUUGGUUUUCUCAUGGCGCGGCUCAAAUUAUGGUAGUAUGAUGAGAAAAAUUGUUCUAUGACUCAAAAUCUUUGCCUUUUUUGUUCUUGAUUAUGCCUAUAUUUGAAUUAUUUUACCUUUAUUUUAUAGAAAUGUGUAAAUCAGAUGUUAGAAUCAAAUGUAAAAUGAAAUCCUACACAUAGGUAUGUGUACCCUUGCAUUUUUGAAAUCUGAGUUUUUCAAUAUGUUUAUGGGAAGGAACUGCAUGUUUCAUUAGGUGGAUACUUCAUUUGUAUGUUUCAACACUUGGCUAUCUUGUUUGGUUGCUUCAAGAAUUACAUACCUCAUAUACAUGUUUCAAGACUUGCAUACUUCAUUUGCAUGUUUCAACACUUGCAUGCUUCAUUUGCAUGUUUCAGCAGUUGGAUGUAUACAAUGUAAAAAUCAUAAAUAACUGAAAGUUUUACAUAUUUCAGCCACACUGUGCACUGCAAUAUGCGAAAUGAAUAGAGUGUUAGAAAUACCGUAAAAUAUACUAGAUAGUCAAUUAAAUAUUCUCCUCGUUUCAUAGCAUGACAUUCAUUGUUAUGUAUUACGAUUGUUUCUUGUUUCGUAUUUGUGUGCUGUGCAAUUAAAACUGAAAAGUAAUAAAA